AUGGGCCAAGGGGGCUACAGGCAAAUCAACAAAGCGCUCAAUGUGUCUGUCUUUGAGAGUUAUCUUGAGACACAGCAGGCGCAACUACCAAAACUCCAAGACAUCCAACAGCUGAGCCCCAGGGUGAUCCGAAUACUCGGGCAAAACCCCGGCAAGUUUACGCUCCAGGGAACAAACACCUACAUUGUCGGCACCGGAAAGAAGAGGCUCCUCAUUGACACCGGCCAAGGAAUGCGCGAGUGGGCGGACAUGGUCGAAACCACCCUUGGCAAGCAUGGCAUAGGCUUUUCGCACAUAAUGCUAACGCACUGGCACGGUGACCACACCGGCGGCGUGCCAGAUCUCCUUCAAAUGUUUCCAGACCUCUCGGAUCGUGUGUUCAAGCACAGUCCUUCCGAGGGACAGAGACCAAUCGCGGACGGGGAGAUGUUCAGCGUUGAGGGUGCCACCCUACGGGCUAUUCACGGAGAAGGCCACUCGCACGGUCACGUCUGCUUUGUGCUCGAGGAGGAAAACGCCAUGUUUACAGGCGACAAUGCCCUCGGCCACGGGACCAGCGCUGUGGAGCACCUCGGCCUCUACAUGCAGACCCUUGAGAAGAUGAAGAUGCAGGGAUGUGCGGUGGGAUAUCCCGCCCACGGCGAUAUCAUCGCCAAUCUGACGGCAAAGAUCACUCAAGAGCUUGCAUCCAAGACACGUCGCGAAGAGCGAUGUCUCGGCAUUAUGAGUAAGCUGAAGAGCGAGAGAGGAGGGAUGGGAAGGAUGGCCAGCGUCACAGUAAAGGAACUUGUACUCGCUAUGCAUGGUAGUCAGCUGGACGACGUGAUGAGGGAAAAGGCGUUGGAGCCGUUUGUGGACGAAGUUUUGAGGAAAUUAGCCGAGGAUAGAAAAGUCGCUUUCCACUCACGGGAUGGCGUCAGGCGCUGGUUCUUGCUUUCGUAG